UCGAAACCGUCUGGGAUCCUAAAGGAAAGCAUGGCUUGUCUGUAUAGUUUGCAUGUGGUCCCCGCGGUUCAGCAAAGGGUGUUUGUGUAUAGAGCGCUGGGCGCCCUGGAAAGGCGGCUGUAAGUUUGCUCCAGGCCUGCCUUUUUUUUAACCUAAGACCUAGGCUGCUUUCCAUUGAUGGAAGUCACGCUCUGAGAGCUCUAAGGUACCUCUUGUGUACGUUUUUCCAACUUUAAAUUUGUGAGCGAUUCAAAGGAAAAGUCGUUCUGAGAGCUGUGUAAACCACUGUCCUUAAGUGUAUCACAUUCUGUUCUGCAGAGCAUGGGCAGUCCGUGUGUCUAAGUAACAGGAUAGGUCUCAGCAUGUCCUUGCAGGAAAGCCAUGAGGUGGUUCCUUGAGUUACCCAGGGUCAUGUCGGGUGACAGAGCCAGGCCCUAAUCGCUGGGUCUCAUUCAGUCGGUGACUGCUGAGUGGGGGUCCUGCGCUGGGUUAGGGUUAGGGUUAGGGUUAGGAGCUGGGCCGGACGCAGGGGCUGCUGGUUAGCUCUGACUGCCCGCGGUGGCCGCCCUCCUUCUGUUCCACGUUCUCUCAGGCAGUCAGGGCAGCUUCGAGGAAUUGGCCACUGCAGUUCUUUCCAGGGCUUCUGGCCCCAUGCCCGUGCUGUGACAUCUCCUAGGGUUGGCCUGGAGGCCCCGCAGGUGUGGUAGCUCUUCAGCCGAAGCAACUGCCACAAAAAGCGAAGAUGAGUCCUUCCUCCGCUGGUUUCUGCUUCUUAUUCCUGCGACUGCUUUUGGCCUGGGGACGUGGCAGGUCCAGCGUCGGAAGUGGAAGCUACAGCUGAUCGCAGAGCUAGAGUCGAGAGUUAUGGCUGAGCCCAUCCCACUGCCCGCAGACCCAAUGGAACUGAAGAACCUGGAGUACAGGCCCGUGAAGGUCAGGGGGCACUUUGACCACUCCAAGGAGCUGUACAUGAUGCCGCGGACGAUGGUGGACCCUGCCCGGGAGGCCCGGGAAGCCGGCCGGCUCUCAUCAGCGGCUGAGAGCGGUGCCUACGUGGUCACUCCCUUCCACUGCACUGAGCUGGGAAUCACCAUUCUGGUGAACAGAGGGUUUGUGCCCAGGAGGAAAGUGAAUCCAGACACGCGGCGUAAAGGCCAGAUCGAGGGAGAGGUGGACCUGGUGGGGAUGGUGAGGCUCACAGAGACUAGGAAGCCUUUUGUCCCCGAGAACAAUCCGGAGCGGAACCACUGGCAUUACCGGGACCUGGAGGCCAUGGCCAGGCUCACAGGCGCAGAACCCAUCUUCAUCGAUGCGGACUUCAAGAGCACAGUCCCUGGCGGGCCCAUCGGAGGGCAGACCAGAGUCACACUGCGGAACGAGCACCUGCAGUACAUCAUCACCUGGUAUGGACUCUGUGCGGCCACCUCGUACCUGUGGUGCAAGAAGUUCCUAAGUCGGACUCCUGGUGUGUGAGGUUAGCCGAAGUCAGCCUGUCCCUUAACAACUGAAGCCACUUCAAGAGAUUUGGUUUUAUGCUGAUCAUGUGCUCUUGGUAUAAAUAAAUCUCUGCAGCACA